AUGUUUACUCACAAAGAGAAGGCGCGCUUGGCCAGCAAGGACGAGCCCCGUUUGGGAAGGAGGGACCCAUCACACUAUGCCUCGCUGACGGAUAAAUUGCAGCCCACAACGUCGGGAAAGAGCAAAGAAGGGGCGAAAGCGAAGCCAACAUACGGCAGAGAGAAAAGGGAAAGAGCAGAUCGUGACAUGACGAACGCAGGGAGGCGCGACUUGGCCGGCGGUAAAUUUCGAGGUCAGCUCACCGAUGCUGCGACCUUUAUCGCAGUUGUCAACGCGUCCCGGUGA